UUCCUUCCUGACCCAGGAAUCAAACCCACGCCUCCUGCAUUGGCAAGCGGAUUCUUUAUCACUGAGAUGUGCUUAGUUUAGAGCACAGAUACCUGAAUUUUUGCAGUUUUUUCUAAUGCAGAGAGAUGUCUGUCUUGGCAUGUCUGCACUUGGAAGGAGUGAAUUACCUGUCCGAAGAGAACUUCUCUCCGCCACUCUCUAAUCCCCUUGACCCAGACACUCAAAUUAAGAGUGCAGACGUGUCAUGGAGGCUUUAAACACAGCCUCCGUCUUGCGGUUUAGGGGCCAGUGGAGGCGAGUUGGCCCCUGCCUGGGACUCACAGUCCACACUGCCCUCCUGGUGGGCUGCGCCAGCCUCGUUCGGCUUUCCCCAGGUGUUGUCACCCUGCUGAGGCCUGUGUUGUCGCCAGGGCUUCUUGGCUGGUGGCGGGGCCUCCCGGGCUGGGUGAUUACCCUGCUGCUGGGCGUUUUGAUUCAGGCCCUGAGGCAGAAACGGGAGGGUGUGUGGUGUCCGCUGUCCCCACAGCUCCUGAUCUGAAGUGCUUCUACCUACGUGGCCUCCAGACUUCAUGUAGGUGUAUUGGGGGCCUCUUUUUUUUUUCCUUUUAAAGACAAGAUUCAUUGUCCUUUGCUUUUUUCCUCUGCUCAUUAAGGUUGGAAAGAAUCUUCACGACUAUUAACCCACUGGUCCGUGCUUUGUAGGAUAGUGGAGACCCCCCGCCCCCACCAAAGCAUUCACUCGGCUUGUCCACGGUGCGCUGGCCGUCGGGGGGUCAGCCCCAGCCCUGGCUUCCUGCCCUGGGCCGCCCGCUCGCCUGUCUGCACAUCUCCCUCUCUCCCUGGGGCUCCGGCGCAAUUCCGUGGGGGGUCAGGGGCCAAGCAGACAUGUGAACAAGCGACACCUCGGGGUCCAGGCUCUGGGAUGUGGAGUGCGUGGACGCCUGGCCUUUCACCCCUCUGUCUUCAGGACGGGCUGCUGCGGCCCAGAGCCCGGGGGAGGGGAGGCAUCUCUGUGCCCCCUAAGCCAGAACUGACAACCAAAGUUUGGUCUAAGCGGCUGGCAGCCUGCUAACCAUGGUGGACGGCUUUGCAGCGCCUAGGACUUGCAGUCAGCUUUUCAAAACACCGAAAUGGCAGAAACGCUCCCAGGCACACCUUCGUUUAUUCCAGCAGCAGGCUAUCCAGCCUCAGAGGUUGUGACGCUCAUUCGAUGUCCCUUCGAGGGGUCAGACUCAACGGGUGCCCUUCGGACUCUGGCUGCUGACACACCAGUCACGUGGGCGGGUACCCGAUCUUUCUCCCCGGUGUCUGCUGUUAUCGUGUGUCACAGGGUGUCUUUCCCUUUGUCCCUCUGCUUCGAGUGCCUGGGAAGAGAAAGUGCGUGUGGUUCACCCGAAUGACAUUUGUCCCUCAGUUUCAAGUUCCUGCGCGUCACGAAGCAGUACCUGCCGCACGUGGCGCGCCUCUGCCUGAUCAGCACGUUCCUGGAGGACGGCAUCCGCAUGUGGUUCCAGUGGAGUGAGCAGCGGGACUACAUCGACACCACCUGGAGCUGCGGCUACUUGCUGGCCUCCUCCUUCGUCUUCCUCAACCUGCUUGGACAGCUGACCGGCUGCAUCCUGGUGCUGAGCAGGAACUUCGUGCAGUACGCCUGCUUCGGGCUCUUCGGCAUCAUCGCGCUGCAGACGAUCGCCUACAGCAUUUUGUGGGACUUGAAGUUUUUGAUGAGGAACCUGGCCCUGGGAGGCGGCUUGCUGCUGCUGCUGGCUGAGUCCCGCUCCGAGGGCAAGAGCAUGUUCGCAGGCGUGCCCACCGUGCGCGAGAGCUCCCCCAGGCAGUACAUGCAGCUCGGAGGCCGUGUCCUGCUGGUGCUGAUGUUCAUGACGCUGCUCCACUUUGAUGCCAGCUUCUUCUCGAUCCUCCAGAACAUCGUGGGCACGGCUCUGAUGAUCUUGGUGGCCAUCGGUUUUAAAACCAAGCUGGCCGCCUUGACUCUUGUCGUCUGGCUGUUUGCCAUCAACGUGUACUUCAACGCCUUCUGGACCAUUCCAGUCUAUAAGCCCAUGCACGACUUCCUCAAGUACGACUUCUUCCAGACCAUGUCGGUGAUUGGAGGCUUGCUCCUGGUGGUGGCCCUGGGCCCCGGGGGCGUGUCCAUGGACGAGAAGAAGAAAGAGUGGUAACAGAGUCCUCCCUGCCUGGCUGGAACCCGCGGCCGUCGAGGACUGGUUCAGGGUGGAUUCGAGUAACUGCCAGCAUCUCCUGUACCCCCUUCCCUUCCCUCCCUUGGUAAAGGCACAGAUGUUUUGAGAACUUUAUUUGCAGACACCUGAUAAUUAACGGCUAAACCUGCUAUGGACCCACAGCCUGGUAUCCGACCGCGUGGAGCCAGCCGGCCGAGGUCAGCGCUUCCCACCCCAGGGCAGGGCCAUGGCUUCUUGGAGUGGGCAUCUUGCUUGGCUGUGGCCUGUCAGCCCUGUUUUUCUGUUUCAUUUUUGGGGUGGGGACCUGGAAGCCUACUGUGAGCAGAUACAUUUGUGUAUCAUUCAGAGCAGCCCCCCUCUUAUUUUUUUUUGAAGUUUACCUUUUUAGCUAAAACUACUCAAUGAUCAGGGUGGCCCAGCCCAGCACCAACACACUGGUUCAGCCCCGCACCAGUGCCUUCCCCGUGGUCUCCGCCCUGCGCUGGGAGCCUCUUACAGGCCGGUGAGAGCGUUUAGAGAAACCCCAGACCCAAAGAAUAAGGCAGUAUUAGAGCGGCAGGCGAGGCUGCGGUUCGUGGCCAGGGCGUUCCUCAGAGAAGGAGCUGGGGCCAGUACGGUUUCCGUGGGGCGAUGCCUGGGAGCACGAGGGUCUCACGGUGGGGACAAGGCCCUCAGAAAGGCCACCUGGAGCCCGCAGGGUCUGGAGCCCAGGCCUGGCAGCACGUGGGCCUUGUCGGCCCCUGCGUGCCCAGCCAGGGAGCAGCUGCCGCUGCGGGCUGGGCUGGGCCGGGGCGGGCGCUCAGACCAGUUACCUCAGGCCGACCAUCCCAGAGCCGUAGCCGCAGCCGGCCUGGUGCCCCCCGGCCCCGCUCUCUCCCCACCCUCAUGAGGCCGCUGCUUGCUCAGAUUGUCUAUUUGCUAUGCUGAAUGCAGCCCCAAUUACUUUUUACGAUUUGUGAUGCCUUACCGAUUGGAUCUUGAUCCUGUAUUUAAAGUUUUCUAACAUUGCCUUAUACUGUGUUUCUCUUCUUGGGGGCGGGGCCGUGAGCUCUUCUCGCUGUUCUUCACUCGUCCAUCUAGUAGCAGAGGCCACAAGGUGACCACAACCCCUAUGCCCCCGCCCCUCCCCAGGUCCUCCUGGGGGCCAGGCCCUCCGAGGUCUCACAAACCUUGCCUUGGAGCAGGCCCCGUCUUCUCUGGAUUCAUCUGCUGGGGGUGCGAGCCUGACCUGAGGGCCUUCCCUGGGGCUUCUGGGGCCAGUCCCGAACCCGCAUCCACACGGACCUUCGUGUUGAGCCAGGGUGAGGGGAGCAACCCCCACCCCGACCCACUCGAGCCCCUGGCCAGCUUCACAGGGCAGGGGGAGGCUGGCUCUUACCCACCAGAGCUGCUAGAACCUUCCCUACAGUCUGGACCCAGCUAACCCGAGGGGAGCCAUCGCCACCUUUCCAGCACCACCCGUGUAUACCCUCCCCGAGCCCCACCACUGCAGAGGCUCCUCACACCCCACCCCCAGGAGCCCACUUCCCUGCUCCCCAAGUAUUUAUAAGGAUGGAGGGCUUUCUACUUCCAUCCCGCGGGCGCACCCACACGCAGGGGGGCAGACUCGCUGUCAGUCUGGGCAGGCUGGCCUCUGUCUGCGCACCCCGCCCAGUCACCCAGCCUCCUGGCCCAGGGAGCAGCCCGCUUGGCCAGGCCGCAGCUGCUCUGUGGCAGGUUUUGGUUUGUAAAAGCAGACUGACCCCUGGUGGUCACCAGUCCACAGCCCCUGCCCUGAGUGGGCCACACUCAGGGCAGGGUAGAUGCUUAUGUAAGAGGAGAAAGGACCUACUAAAUUGGUUUGAGCAAAAACAAUAAAAAAAAAAAAAUACUUUUUUUUUUGGCUCUCUGUGGGAAAUAGGUAUAAAUCUCAUGCUGUAUUUUAUAUCUUAGUUGUGUUUGAAAACAUUUUGAUUUUUGGAGACACGUCAAAAUAAAUAAUGGCAUUUGUUGUA